UCCUUCAGACUGCAUGGCUUUGAUAUCGAAUCUAUACCUCACUGGGUGAGAAUGAAGCGAACCCAGCGAGGAUAUUAAAAAAUUUCCUGGAAGUCACGUGGCGGGGAGAUGCGAUAAAAUCGCAACGUCUGAUCGAAUUGAUACCAAAUCCGACUCUGCGAAUCGAAACUUGAUACAAAUUAAAAAUCUUGAUUUACAGAAUGGAACCUCAAAAAAAGAACCACAAUGGUUGCGGAAAAGCUAGAGCAAAACCCGACCAAAAACGCCCCAAAAAAUAUACACACCCCCUCCAAAAAGGUAUCCGCGACUUCGUAACAACACGCAUCCCACCAUCCGACCUACAAGAAUACAAUCUCUCAAUAGAAACUUUCAUGGAUGGCCUCCCAAAACGCUACACGGUAUACCAGCCCCUCCUGCUCCUCCCCCCAAAUGCCCUCACCACGCCACCAGCAUGGGGCGCGCUCUACGCAGCUCUGAACGCCUCCCAACGAGCUGCGCUGUUUGAAUCGGUAGUGGCCAAUUUUCGGACUAUGGGCGUUACGCAUGUCGCUAUGAAUGCGCCUAUUGCACUGACUCAUCCGCAGGGGCAGGAGAAUCGGAUUAGGAGUCCGGUGGGGUUGGUUCCGUUGUAUGGGGAUUUUGGGACUGCGCCGUCUGUAUCUGCGGAUGGAGAUGGAGAUAUGGACAAUGCGCAUCCAUCUGAGAAGGAUCUGCAAAGUGCGCUGUGGGUGCAUACGGUGCAGAAUCAGGGAAUUGUGCAGACCUGGGCGCCGCUGUAUACGAUGUUCUCGAGAGGGAAUAUCACCGAGAAAGCGAGAGUUCUGGGGCAUGCGGGUGUGUUUGAGGGAUUGGAUGAGGAGUCCUUAGCUGGGGAAGCGGUUGGGGAUGUGGGUGUUAUCGAUAUGUAUGCGGGGAUUGGAUAUUUUGUAUUUUCGUAUUUGAAGAAGGGGGUUAAGAGGGUUUGGGGGUGGGAGAUUAAUGGGUGGUCGAUUGAAGGGCUACGUCGGGGUUGUAUCGCGAAUGGAUGGGGGUGCAGGGUUGUCAGGUUGCGGGACGAUGGGGGAUUGGUGGAUCGGCCUAUUCCAGAGCUUGUUGACAGCCUUGAUGAUGAUACGAGGGUGGUUAUAUUCCAUGGUGACAAUCAAUUUGCGGCUGGCAUAUUGGAUGAAAUCCGGGGUUUGAUGCAACCCCGGGGGAACUGGAAUAGCAUCAGGCAUGUCAACUUGGGCCUACUUCCUUCUUCUCAUGGUUCCUGGGACAAUGCUACCAAGAUGAUUGACAUGGACAAGGGAGGCUGGAUCCAUGUCCAUGAGAACGUUGAUGUUCGGGAGAUCGACAAGAUGCAGGACGAUAUUGUCGCUGAGAUUAAACGACUACGAUCCCAGAACCGCCCUGAUCCGAAUCCUGUUGAGCACAGUGUUGACUGUCGGCAUGUCGAGCGUGUCAAGACCUACGCGCCAGGCGUUAUGCACUGCGUUUUUGACGUUCGAUUAUCUAGGACAAAAGCGACUAAUUGAGAUCUGCAUGAGGACCCUCGGAUCUCUUCCCAAAUCAAAUCACCAUAGAACUUCAAAACGACAAUGCGUAUUAACUGGUCUUCUCUGUAAAGUGAAUUCCACACGCUUGAGAUCAUGCUAUUAACAAAGACAUAUA